GUCUCUCUCUAUCUCUAAUCCUAAAAAUACCCAAAAUCAAUUCCUUCUUAGGGUCACAAUCGUCGCUCUCUUCUAAGAAUGAUGUCAACACAAUUUAUGGAUAAGAAAUUAGGGUCAAACACAGGAAUGGAUUUCGUAAACAAUCUUGAUACCGACACUUCCCUCUCCAUUCUUUCUUGUCUUGAUGAUCCUUCUGAUAUUGUCCGUGCUAGUGCUGUCUCACGCUCCUGGCGUCAAUUUGUGAUUAAUUACAAUCUCUCCAAGAAUCUAUGCUUGAAGCUGUUCCAUCAGCUAUCUAAUGUGGGUCAUAUAGUAGAAACACAUGAUGAGUCCUCCGAAGCCGGGUCAAGCAGUGUUAUGGACACACGGCUACUUGAGAAAGAGCAUCGGGCUUACGCCUUAUUGGCUAGAGGAUGCACGUCCUCCCCUAUCCAAAGCUGUAUCGCUGAUGCCAUCAUAGCUUCUAGUACUGAUAACUUCCCUGCUGAAAGCAUCUCAAACACACUCGACGAACCUGAUCGGAUUGGUGAAACCCCUUCAUACUGGUCGAGUACUGGCCAACACAAAACUUCGGUGCCUGAAACGCUUCUUUACAGGUUGAUGGGUGAUUUGUGUGUCAUUACGGAAUUCAAAGUUCAGCCUUUCCAAGCUUUUUUCCAGCGCGGUCAUCCGAUAUACUCUUCACAUUAUGUUCGUAUCCGGUUGGGUUACCACAAGAAUGACAACUCACCACAGUACAACAACUCACAGGAUAAAAAAGGUGAGCCAGGAAAGAGUUCUGCUGAAAGCAACUAUGUAUGGACUUACACUUCACAAGAGUUUUCGAUGGCUCAGGAAAAUCGAUUGCAGACCUUUGAGCUUCCAGAACCCGUUCUUUGCAUUGGUGGGUAUAUGCUAGUUGAGUUUCUAGGUCGGGUUCAGACACAAGAUUUGGAUGGCCAAUACUAUAUAUGCGUGUCGCAUGUUAAAGUGAUGGGAAGAUCGCUAGCACAAUCAUUUCGAGUGGAGAAUGUGGAUGACUGUGGAAAAUUUGGAUUGAAGGUUUUGAGUUACAGUGAUCCAAAAGAUAUGGUUGAGAUGGAUGCAGAGGAGGACGAGAUGGAUGCAGAGGAGGUUGAGAUGAAUGCAGAGGAGGAGCAAAAUCAGUUUAGAGGGAUUAGAAACCUUGAACAGCUCUUGAAUUACUUGCACAGGCAUCCUCUUGAUGUCGUGGACAUCGAGUAUGUUUUGCCUGAGUCUGACAACGAGGAUGCUGAAUCAGACGAUGAGGUUUAAUUACUACUUCCAGUUAUUUUGGCUUUAUUUUUUUUGUUUUAAAAUGAACCUUUAGGUGUUUUUCAUCUUUUGCGAGCGGUUUUAAAGCUUCUUCUCCAGCCAUUUUGGCUAGGUUUUUUUUAUUAUAUUUCAUCUUAUUAAUAAAACUGAGUGUUACAGACCUUAACAGAAAGUUAACAGCUAUUUUGGCUC